CACUUGAGACUGGGUCCUCAGAUUUACUAGCUGUGUUGACUAUUGCCCAUUAUGUUCUUCAACUGGGAUAAGUUUCUCUCGCCAAAGCCGUCUCUAGACGUCCCUGCUCUAGAGACGGUUGAUCUCAACGAUAAAGAGAUGGAGAAGAGAAUCGUGAGGAAACAAGAUCUUCGAAUCAUGCCCUGGGUUUGCAUAACAUAUCUCCUCAACUACCUCGAUCGUGUCAACCUCGGAAACGCACGAACUCUGAACAAUGACUCCCCAGAACACAACAUCGUCGAGCAACUCAACCUCACCGGCCAAAAAUACAACAUCGCCGUCGCGUUAUUCUUCGUGCCCUACGUUCUCAUGGAAUUCCCCAGUAAUAUUCUUCUCAAGUACUUUUCGCCGAGUAAAUGGAUUUCACGAAUUAUGGUGUCUUGGGGCAUUGUCACCAUCUGCACUGCUGCGGUUUCGACAUAUGGCGGAUUGUUGGCUGUGAGAAUCAUGCUUGGUUUGGCUGAGGCUGGUUUCUUUCCUGGUAUCAUGAUGUAUCUUUGCUUUUGGUACAAGCCUGAGGAGAGAGCUACGCGAAUGGCCAUCUUUGCUUCGAGUGUUGCUGUUGCGGGUGCUUUUGGUGGAAUCCUUGCUACGGGUAUUUCGUUCCUCAACGGAAAGGCUGGUCUGGCUGGAUGGCAAUGGCUGUUUGUGCUUGAGGGUAUUCCCGCUGUCAUUGUCGGAGUCCUGGUGUGGUUCUUCCUCCCCGACUACCCCCAAACCGUCUCAUGGCUCUCCCCCGAAGAACGCGCCUUCGCCGUCAAGCGUCUCGGCCCCUACGCCCCCUCCAUGAACGACAAGCACUGGGACAGCAAAGUCGCCAAAGACACCGUCGCCGACCCCUUCUUCUGGCUCUUCGCCAUCGCCUACUUCUUCAUGGCCAACUCCCUCAACGCCUUCGGAUACUUUGCUCCCUCCAUCGUCGCAUCUCUCGGCUUCAAGGGCUACAAGGCUCAGCUCCUCACUGUUCCUCCUAAUGUCUUUGCUGUCUUCAUCAUUGUGGGCAAUUGCCUGCAUAGUGAUAAGACGAAGGAGCGCUCGAAGCAUGUUAUGGGUGGUUUGGCGUUUGUUGCGACGGGCUAUUUGCUCCUUGCUGUUGUUAAGCACUGGGGGGCGAGAUAUUUCGCUGUUUGUAUUAUUGCUUGUACGAACGCCGCUGUUCUUCCCUUCGUUGCUCACCGAACUGCCACCGUCCGAGGCUCGACUGCCACAGCUCUCGCAACAGGAGGAAUGAUCGCCAUCUCCAACACUGGCGGCAUCACAGCACCUUUCCUCUUCCCCUCCAGCACAGGACCCAUGUACUCAAUGGGUAACUGGACCGUUUUCGCAUUCCUCAUCGCUGCUGCUUGCAUCACUGGCUACGUGUGGUAUGUCUUUGGUGCUCACAGUGGUUACCGAACUGGUGAUGCUACUGAGACUGGUCACUUUGAGGUUCUGGAUGUUGGUGACAAAGAUCCCAACCAGGUUAUGGACCAGGCUAUGGAGAAUGAGAAGGCGAAAGAUAAGAUCAAGGCUAUGGAUAUGGCAUAAAAUGUGUUUGAGGCUGAAAAGUUAUGAUUAAUAUGAGAUAGCAGCGGCUAAGGGAAUGAUAAAACCUAUGAUGACUUCAUUCGUAGAUGAUGAGAAUGUUCAGAUAAGUUUAUGACAAUUUAGGAUGAAGUCGAAAAGAACUAGGAC